AUGAUUGGUGUUCAAAGGGUUUCCUUGUUUAAUUUGCUCUGUUUGAUCAUUUUCUUGGCUGUGGUUUUGGGCCAAGAAAAUGCUCAAACAAUGAGAGAUAAAGCAUCGUUGCUUUCUUUCAAGUCAGCGAUUGUUUCGGACCCCCAGCAUGCUUUAGAGGACUGGAAUUCUUUGGGUGUUCAUGUUUGUAAUUGGUCAGGCAUCAGGUGCAACAAGAGUAGAGACCAAGUUGUAGAGCUUGAUCUUAGUGGAAGGUCUCUCAGGGGCCCCAUUUCUCCGGCUAUUGCUAAUCUUUCUUCCUUGUCCAUUCUUGACUUGUCAAGAAACUUUUUUGAAGGUCACAUUCCAGGAGAAUUAGGCUCUCUGUUUAACCUUAGACAGCUCAGCUUAUCUUCCAAUCUUCUUGAAGGAAACAUUGCUGCUGAACUUGGUUUUCUUCACAAAUUAGUAUAUAUUGAUUUGGGAAGCAACCGGCUCGAGGGUGAAAUUCCAGUGACACUUUUCUGCAAUCAUUCUUCUUCUUCUUUGCAGUACAUUGACCUCUCUAACAAUUCUUUAAGCGGAAAAAUCCCUUUAGCAGAUGGCUGUAAGCUUAAACAGUUGAGGUUUCUUCUACUGUGGUCCAAUCAUCUUGUAGGUCAGGUUCCUGCAGCCCUUGCAAACUCCUCAAGACUGGAAUGGCUUGAUUUGGAGUCUAACAUGCUAAGUGGGGAGUUGCCAUUGGAGAUUAUACAGAAAAUGCCACAAUUACAGUACCUCUACUUGUCCUACAAUGGCUUUGUGAGCCAUAAUGGUAACACUAACCUUGAACCUUUUUUAACUUCUUUAGUUAAUGCCUCUAACUUUCAAGAGCUUGAAUUAGCUGGAAAUAAUCUUGGGGGAGAGAUACCUCCUAUUAUUGGUAAUCUUUCUACCAAUCUUGUACAAAUUCAUUUAGAUGCUAAUCUUCUUUAUGGUUCAAUUCCUCCUCAAAUUUCAAACCUUGUCAAUCUCACCCUGCUAAACUUGUCUAGUAACCUUUUGAAUGGAACCAUCCCACCCAAACUGUGCCAAAUGACAAAGCUAGAAAGGGUGUAUUUGUCCAACAAUUCAAUCUCUGGUGAGAUUCCACCCGCUCUUGGUGACAUUCCCCAUUUAGGCCUUCUAGAUUUAUCCAAAAACAAGCUUUCUGGUUCAAUUCCAGAUAGUUUCGCAAACCUUUCCCAGUUAAGAAGGCUCUUGCUCUAUGAGAACCAACUCUCAGGAACCAUACCACCAAGUCUGGGAAAGUGCAUCAAUUUAGAGAUUCUAGACCUUUCUCACAAUCAGAUUUCAGGGGUAAUUCCUAGUGAAGUUGCAGGACUGAGGAGCUUGAAACUAUACUUGAACCUGUCUAGUAAUCACUUACAUGGACCAUUACCAAUGGAGUUGAGCAAAAUGGACAUGGUGCUAGCAGUUGACCUAUCUUCCAAUAAUCUUUCUGGUACAAUCCCAUCACAACUUGGGAGCUGCAUUGCCAUUGAGUACCUCAACCUUUCGGUAAAUUCCUUAGAAGGACCUCUUCCGGUUUCAAUAGGAAAGUUGCCUUAUCUUCAAAAACUUGAUGUAUCUUCAAACCAAUUGAUUGGAGAAAUACCAGAAUCUCUGCAAGAUUCUUUAACUCUGAAGAAAGUCAACUUCUCUUUCAACAACUUCUCUGGGAAUGUGUCAAGCAAGGGGGCCUUUUCUUCACUCACCAUAGACUCUUUCCUAGGAAAUGUUGGUCUCUGUGGAUCAAUAGAAGGCCUGCCAAACUGCAGGAAAAAACAUGCUCGUCAUUUGGCUAUUCUGUCAAUUCUCCUGUCAUUACUUAUCACUCCCAUCUUUUGCAUAUUCGGGUACCCCCUCAUGCACAGGUCAAAUCUCCAAAGGCACUUGGCAAUUUUCGACCAUGGGGAUUUGCGGGAUGAUGAAGAAGAAGAGAAGAAAGAACUCAAGUACCCAAGAAUCUCAUAUGAGCAGCUCAUUGAAGCCACUGGUGGUUUCAGUGCUUCAAGCUUGAUUGGUGCAGGCCGGUUUGGGCAUGUCUAUAAGGGUGUCCUUCAAGAUAACUCAGUAAUUGCUGUGAAGGUAUUGGAUUUGAAGACAGAUGGAGAGAUUUUAGGAAGCUUUAAAAGGGAAUGCCAAGUCCUGAAGAGGACUAGGCACAGAAAUUUGAUUAGAAUCAUCACAGCCUGCAGUAGGCCGGAUUUUAAGGCUCUUGUUCUGCCAUUGAUGUCAAACGGGAGCCUGGAGAGGCAUCUUUACUCAAGCCAUGGAUUGAGCCAUGGGUUGAACUUGAUUCAGUUGGUGAGCAUCUGCAAUGAUGUAGCUGAAGGAGUGGCCUAUUUACACCAUCAUUCUCCUGUUAGAGUUGUACACUGUGAUCUCAAACCAAGCAAUAUUCUACUAGAUGAUGACAUGACGGCUUUGGUUACUGAUUUUGGAAUUGCAAGAUUAGUGAAAGGCAGUGGUGAGAAUAUUCCAACGAAUGACUCAACAUCCUUCAGUUCAGCAGAUGGCUUGUUAUGCGGAUCCAUUGGCUAUAUUGCUCCUGAGUAUGGGAUGGGAAAAUGCGCUUCUAUUGAGGGAGACGUAUUCAGUUUUGGGGUCCUUUUGUUAGAAAUCGUUACAGGAAGGCGACCAACCGACGUCCUUUUUCAUGAAGGUUCAAGCUUGCAUGAAUGGGUAAAAAGUCACUACCCCAGCAGGGUUGAUUCUAUAGUUCAACAAGCGAUAGAUAGGUGUGUCCCAGAUUCAAUGCCUAAGCAAUAUAACAAAAUAUGGUGGGAUGUUGUUCUGGAGUUGAUUGAGCUUGGCCUUAUGUGCACACAGUACAAUCCUUCAAUGAGACCAAGUAUGCAAGAUAUAGCUCAUGAAAUGGGUCGGGUGAAGGAAUAUAUCUCCAAUCCUUCAUCACUGUUGAUUGAAGAAGUUGGCCUUAAAGUUGAUGCCCUCUGACUCUGGGAUGGUGAUGGAAGUGGUUUCAUUGAAUUUGAACUUUCAUGUCUGAUAAUUGAAUUCAUUUGUUUGAUUUUUAUUUGUAAUUUUUGGUUAAAGCAAUUGGCAAUUGUUUUCUUACUUGUUUUAACUUUUAACCAUGUCUUGUACUUAUUCGAUCGUAUUAUUAUGCAACUCAGACUA